AUGCGUACCUACGACGAUUCUUUCAGCGGUCAGAAGAUCUACCCUGGAAAGGGUAAGCUGUACGUCCGUGGCGACAGCAAGAUCUUCCGCUUCCAGAAUGGAAAGUCCGAGUCCCUGUUCCUCCAGCGCAAGAACCCUCGCCGGAUAGCCUGGACUGUCCUCUACCGCCGUCAGCACAAGAAGGGUAUCUCUGAAGAAGUUGCCAAGAAGCGCACCCGCCGUGUCGUCAAGCACCAGCGUGCCAUCGUCGGUGCCUCCCUUGAUGUGAUCAAGGAGCGCCGCAGCAUGCGCCCUGAGGCUCGUGCCGCCGCCCGCCAGCAGGCUAUCAAGGAGGCCAAGGAGAAGAAGGCCGCUUCCGAGAGCCGCAAGAAGGCUGAGAAGGCCAAGAACGCCGCCACCGCCGCCAAGGGCACUGCUCAGCGCAUCCAGAGCAAGCAGGGUGCUAAGGGUUCUGCUCCCAAGGUCGCCGCCAAGUCUCGUUAAACGGAUUGAAGGCGGUUCGGCUUGGGCUGGGGAGUAGAUAGGAGGAUCCUUGUGGCUGGACUUUGGGAGGUUUCCGGAGCUGGAAUUUUGUUUCCCUCGCAAAAUCCUAACAACAACAAAUCGGCGUGCGAGCGAUGGGCUCUUGCGGAUGAGACAACCCGCAUGGUGUUCAGAUAGGCUUUGUCAUUAUCGCGCCAUGGUAACUACCAGGAAUGGAAAAAUGGAUGUUAUAAUGAAGCCCUUGUUCUUUUUUUCUGACAGACCUCCUCUCCUGCUUGUAAACUCCGGAGCCCGUUGCUUCUGCAUACACUCAAAGCAUCCUUCGAUUUACUACAAAUUCAGAACACUUUGCUCUGCGUC